UCCCGUAAACUGAACGACUUCCCCUCCUGCGUCGGACAUGGCGGUUUCCAGGCUAGAAAUAAAUUUUAUUAGAUUAUUAUCGCGCUGCGAAUCUAUUGCAUCGGAGAAACGGGGGGAAGCAGAAUGGAGGCUGGAAAAGUAUGUUGGUGCACUUGAAGAAAUGCUGGUGGCUUUGAAGAAGAGCUCGAGUAAACCUGCCCCAGAGGUGUUGAUAGACUACAAUCGGAAAGUGGAUUUUCUGAAAGGACUUCUAGAAGCUGAGAAACUGUCAUCCCCAACAGAGAAAGCUCUGGCCAAUCAAUUCCUGGCCCCAGGGAGAACACCUACCAUUGCCAGUGAAAGGAUGCCAGCCAGCAAGACAGUCCACAUGCAGACGAAGGCGCGGUGUACUGGGGAGAUGAGAAAUGAGCUGAUGGGCACAGCGUUGUCAAGCACAGACAAUAAGGAAACAGACUUAAGACAUAGAAGUGCUCUGUUGUGCUCCAGGGGCGUGCCGCUGGACGAGAGGCAGUCAGCCGCUGAGCUCGACGCUGUUCUCCAGCACCAUCACAACCUCCAGGAGAAGCUGGCUGAGGACAUGCUGAGCCUGGCCCGCAACCUGAAGAACAACACGCUGGCAGCACAGAACAUUAUCAAGCAGGACAACCAGACCCUCGCGCAGUCCAUGCGGCACGCCGACUUGAACUUUGAGAAGCUGAAGACGGAGUCGGAGCGCCUGGAGCAGCACACUAAGAAGUCUGUCAACUGGGUCCUGUGGCUGAUGCUCAUCCUCGUCUGCUUCACCUUCAUCAGCAUGAUUCUCUUCAUAAGACUGUUCCCUAAACUCAGAUGAUAAUCCCUGCAUUCAGUUCUCCUACACUGCAGAUUAUCAACGCACAGCCUAUAUUUUUAUAUAGAGCGGGGUGAAACAAGAACAGCAAGCACUGCAUGAUCUUAACACCGGAUGGGCUGAGCGGAAAUAACGAAGAGCCUUAAUCUAUAUCCAUUGUUGUCUGUUAGCAUUGUGCAGUAGCUUGGCCCUGUCUGCAGCUAGGAUUAAGAUAUGAUUGACUGCAAACAAUACCAGUAAUCUCAUUCUUCAUCUGUGAGUUUGGGCAGUAGGAGACUGAAUGUUCACUCCCAGUCCAGGAAGGCAUUCUUCUAUACUCUAUUACUCUCUACAUGACUUUACCUGCAGGGCUUAACAUCUGCCUAAAUAUACUCUCUCCGGAAGUUGUCCCACCAAAUGCUCCAUUUUUAGUUAGUGAUGGCAUUAUUGGAUGUCACUGUUUUUUGUCAUUUUCAGUUUUAUUGCACAAGGUGAGUUGAUCAAAUAAGAACAUGAGUGGCGCUGCCUUGGACGGGUGAAAUUUUCCAUUUUGAUGCUAUAGCCAUCCAAGGAUCCUGCCUUGAAUGCUGGUGUCUGUACUUCCGUGGUUGACAGUGUUGACUGUCCUGCAGUUUGAUAUUGGGUUUUAAUAAGGGAAGCUACACGUAAAUAUGCACGUAAAUAUGCAACGUAUCACCUGAUUUUUUUUGUGCCUUCUGCUGUGUUGUAGGAGUACUUUAGCCUGCACCACAUUGCGGUGGUUGUUACUACUCAGAAAGUGGGAGGUUAGCCAGUGCCAGGGAGUAGGUGGAAGCCUCUGCCCCAGCAGCCUGGCUUAUAAUGUGAUUCCUUGACCUGUGAAAGGAGGGCAGUGGUCCCCUAUCCGUCAGGAAGACGCAUGGCCGUUGGAGCAGAGUUUAAUACAGGGCAGCGGCUGAUCACAGGAAACUGAAGACAUAAUGGAAGUUUCAAGGUUUCCGAUAGCUGGCCGUCCUGAAAAAGCCCUGUGGGGGUCUUGGUGCGCGGGUUAUUCUGGGAUCAGGCUGACUUGUCCAGGCUUGCUGCUCUGGCUGCAGCACCAUAUGGCUGGAGAGUUGUAUUCUGGGAGCUGCAGGAGAUAUUUUUGAAUCUCAGAUGCAGAUGCAUCUCUCAGAAGGUGUCCACUCCUCUCCAAAAAAGCCUUCCAGCGUGAAAGCUGAGGGCUCCUUUGCUGUUACUGAGGCUGUUGCCUCAGUGUGUAAACUCCACUUGGUUGAAGAACACAUACACAGGGUAAGGUUGGUUGUAAAGAGUAGGUUUGGAUAUCUCAGCAGUGCCAGUACCACAUAGUACUGUCAUUCAUCUAUGUAUAGGAGACAUGAAGUUUGUGGUAUUCAGCCCGUAAACACAUGAAGCAUAAAUGUGUUCAAAGCAUGGUCUAUCAAUUAGUAACCCCGUUUUAUCCAUAAUCGAUGUUGAUUAUUGAAGACGUUGGUGAUGAGAGGGUGAUUUGAGCAAUAUUACAUGAACUCAGAUGUUCAUAGCCAUGGAUUUUUCUUUCUCAUGCUUGCCCCAUCUGCAGAAUCCACAGUUGAGUCCUGUGUUCUCUGGGAAUGUGCAGCCAGUAAAUUGGUGAGAACUGAAUGUUGUGAGAAAAGUUGUAUCAUAAAAGUGUCUUAUUUUAAUAAAUAACUCAAAAUCAACCUUGUACAUGGAGGUCUUCCCUACAUUUUGUGUGUGUUGCUCAGGCCUCUCCAGAUGUGUGUGGUGCUGCGUGGAUUUCAUUGGAUUGACUUUCAUCCCUGCCCAGAAAGAGUGUCUCAGCUCUUUAUCUAUUUGUGCAGCACUUGAAUUGAUUGAC